UCAGGUUUUCACAGACUGUCAAACUCGUCUUUUGUCUCUGGCAGUCUGACAUCCAUUAUGGCCACGGAAGGCAAUGUUCCCUUGCGUCAGAAGCCCAGGAAGAGAACUCAAGGGUUUUUCACCAUGAGUCGGAGAAGGAUAUCCUGUAAAGAUCUGGGCCACGCUGACUGCCAGGGUUGGCUGUACAAGAAGAAGGAAAAGGGAACUUUCCUAAGCAACAAAUGGAAAAAGUUCUGGGUGGUGCUGAAGGGGUCGUCGCUGUACUGGUAUAGCAAUCAAAUGGCAGAGAAAGCUGAUGGAUUUGUCAACCUGUCAGAUUUCACAGUGGAAAGAGCCUCUGAAUGCAAGAAAAAAAAUGCUUUUAAGAUCAGUCACCCACAGAUCAAAACCUUCUACUUUGCAGCAGAGAAUUUGCAGGAAAUGAAUGUGUGGUUAAACAAACUUGGAUUUGCCGUGACCCACCAGGAAUCCACCGCAAAGGAUGAAGAAUGUUACAGUGAGAGCGAGCAGGAAGAUCCUGAAACAGCCGCGGAGACACCUCCCCCUCCACACGCUUCCGCAACUUCCUCUCCUGUGGAACGUGUAGAUGCUACACGGCGGGCAUCCUCUUCUUCGCCUAAACGGAGAGAAACAUCAUGUUCUUUCUCUUCUCUGGAAAAUACAGUAAAGGCACCCAGCCGGUUUUCUUCCUCGGGAUCUAAAGAAAGACAUUCCUGGCUUGACAUAGUUAACAGCUCGCCUGCUACUGAAGAUGUGGGACAUCCCCUGACAUUUGCUGUUCAGGUCCACACACUUGCCUUCUCAGAAGCGAGCAAUUGCCAGGCCCCAGAAAACAGCUCCGUCACAUCAGAAAGUGGUUUUUUGAACUCUUUGUCUAGUGAUGACACUUCUUCAUUGAAUAACAAUCAAGACCAUCUAACAGUCCCAGACAGAGCUGCUGGAUCAAGAAUGACAGACAGAGAAGAAAUAAAAUCGUCUGAAGAUGAUGAGAUGGAAAAACUGUACAAAUCUUUAGAGCAGGCUAGCCUGUCUCCUCUUGGGGACCGGCGGCCAUCAACCAAGAAGGAGCUGAGAAAGUCUUUUGUGAAGCGAUGCAAAAACCCAUCCAUAAAUGAGAAGCUGCACAGGAUCAGAACCUUGAACAGCACAUUAAAGUGCAAAGAACACGAUUUGGCUAUGAUCAACCAGCUGUUGGAUGAUCCAAAGCUGACAGCCAGGAAGUACAGAGAGUGGAAGGUCAUGAACACCCUGCUGAUCCAGGACAUCUAUCAGCAGCAGGUACCUCAGGACCCUGAGGUCACCCCUCAGGAAAUCAUGAACCCCACUUCUUCUGACUGUGUGGAAAAUUCUCUUUGAGCAGAUGCCGGGACCCCACCCCCAUCCCUGUUACUGUACCACUCUACAGGAUGCUGCCAGGGCAUACAUUCUGGUUACAAGGAAACCCCAAACCCAGUUCCUGAGACAUCAUCCCUCCCUCCCAAGGAUGCAACCCAGGUGAAGCCAGUUCCGAUGCAGUGGGAGUCCAGGCUCCCAGAUGUUGCCUUCCUCAAUACGAUCGGAGUGAUGGAGUUAUCUGAGCAGGCAUAUCUUCUGUGCUCCUACUGGGAGCUGGCAGGAAUACUAGGCUUUAGGUGGGAUGUGAAAUGGGUAAACCCCCUCUUUUUGCUUUCAAGAGAAUUACAACCUGCCAUAGACAAAAGGCCCACUUUUACUAGGGAUAAUGAUUCAUGUUAUUAUUUUGUUUUGCAAAAGAAGCAUGUAGAAUCCACUUUGGUGGGAAGCAGAGUCCUGCAAAACGUUGCAAGUGGAGGAGUUUCUUCCUUAGUGACUGGAACUGGAUAUAUGUUGGCAUUUGUGGAACACAAGGCUCUUUUUAAUGUCAAUGUUCUACUUUCUGAGCACCUUAUUUGCAGAGGACAGCAUGGUGGGGGCAGAGUAUGGAGAGCCCAAGUGGGAGGUGUUUCUUCCUGUCCCACUCAGAGGACAGUUUCAUAGGCUCUGCUUUGCUUAGGGCAGGGGAUGUGAUUAAUAUGCCCCUUCCUCACAAUGUCUAGGAGACAGACUAUCACAUGACCAUUGGAGAUGUCAUUCCCCCACCCCCUGCUCCUCUGAACAGUGGUAAGAUAUUAAUAUCCACUGUAAGGAAUGCUAGAUUGAGUUCCUCCCUGCCUGUGGUGCCCAGCAUGAAUUCAUGUCCAGUUUUCCUGGGAUCCUAAUAAUUCACAAAGUUAUUUCUGAAUUGUUCUUAACUUGGAAAAGAACCCGGACCAGCAAAACAACAACAAAACAGUUAAAUGGGAUCGUUUUAUUUUUGUAUGUUUAUGUGUCAUAUGGUAUGAAAUGUGAUCAGUGAUCUAUGUUUCUUAUUUAAAUAUAUUUAUAGAAAUGCAAAUUAUAGUGUUUUAAAAGAAAGUGUACUAUUAUGUGUUGUUCAAUAUAUAUAUAUUCCAGAAGCAUAUCAUUUUUGCUUGAGAAAAAUAGGUAUAGUAGUGACUUACUGGAAUUGUAUUGCACUAUGAUAUAUGACGAAUGCUCAGGAAACCUGGAGAGAAAACCACGGGAGCAUGUAUUAAUAACUACUAAUUUUCUGAAUGCUUUCUUUCCACUACAGCCCCAUCCUCAACUCCAGAGUUCUUCAAUUUCAAUGCCUGUUACACAUCAUUUUCUUAACAAGCACCUUAGGUUAGCUCUUCUAUUCAUAAAGUUCAAGCUUUAUGACAUUUAUGCCAUGAAUUAUAGACCCAAAGGAACACAUCUCAUGAAAUCUUGGGCCAAAUAAAAUAUAAGUAGUAUAAUUCCCAACUAAAUAUUAAUAAAAAUUAGCAUUUGUUGUUAAAGAGAUGUCCAAGAGAAACAAUCUAUUAAUCACAACGGCAGCUUCUAAAUCAUAACCUUAAUUCACUAAGGACCCAUUGCGAGUCUCACUUGCCCUUUGAAAAUUGUUGAUGUAUAUAUUUAUGUCAUAGCAUCAAAGGUGGCUCGACAGAUUCGAAUAGAAGUGGCCACCUGAUCUAUAUCUAUAAAGUAAACAUAAGGAAUUGUUUAAUAUUUCCCUGUACUUUACCAAGACUUUUUUUUUUUGUACACUGAAAUGAAAAACAAUCCUUGCCUUAAGAGAGAAAAGUAAACCAGGAAGCAAAGAGAAGCUAGAAGAUUCACUAAGCAGAGAGAUGAAGCCUCAGGAUGAGCCAGAGAGGACACACUGUGUCCUCCAUCUGGAUCACAUGCGGUUCCAGAGGCUAAUGUCUACCAGGAUUGAUUCCUCCUGUGUCUUGUGGCUGCUCGGAGGGCAAUGCUUUGGGGUUCACAGUGAAAGGAAGCAAUGGAGGGAAGUGAAUUAGCGUUGGAACAACCUUAGCUGGAGACAAAAUAUUCACUCAUGUCUUUUAUUAGCAACAGCAAUUUAUAGAUUUCCAUCCUCCCCCAAGUUGAAGCCCCAAACACUUUUUAUGAGGGCUGAUUGCUAUAUUUAAAUGUUUUACUUUGGCUUUUCAUUCAUCCGUAUUUAACUGACCUUUGAAUGUAAGCUCCUUUAGUAACACUCAGAUCUAAAGGCAAAAUUGGUUCGUGAGAUUGCUUGACUAAAAGCCAUAGGCUGAUUUCUCAAGACAAAUUCAAGAAGGCCAGAGCGGAAGUUUCUGCUUUGGUAGAACCAGCCUGCUGAACGUUCCCAAGCCAGUCUCAGCUGUGUCCAGGCCUCCUGGAUGGGAACCAACCCAUUCCUGUUCCCCAAUUCUGUAAAUAAAUACUCUUUCAGUCUGUGCUAGGUUUAGUUAGGGAGUAGGGGGUGCUUCUAUGGGUACCCAGCCUCAGCAGUGACCAUAAAAGGAGGAUGAGUACAGGUGGGAGUGGGCAGAGUAGUGGGUGACACUUCUGGAGACCCCCAGUGAAGAGAAGCCAUGAGGAGCUUUACCUUGCCCUUAAGUCUCUUCCCUGGUUCAAGAGAUUUUGGACCUGUAGAUCUCUUCUAGUAAAUGGCUGGGAAAUGGAUUAUGAAUAGCCAGUGGAGCCCAGGGGAGACUCUUGACUGUGCCUCUGGAAUGUACCAGAACAGCCAUCUCAGGACACCAGUGGUGGAUCUUUGAGCACGAGUAUUUCAGAACCCAUGGUACUUGUUUAGGAUGAGGUUUCUCUGGGGACCUUUUUUGGUGGUGGGAGGGACUGGGAGGAGGACUUUUUCUUUCCUGGUCUGAAGACUCAGAUGAGAGCCUGGUGGGGACCCUCACUAGUUGAGAUAUUGCUAACCUGCAUAGAUCCCACAUUUUUCUAUCGCUUGGAGGAUGUCUGUCGUUUGUAAGAGUUCUUAGUUCUCCCAUCGCUUUAAUCUUUGGUUAGAUUCAGAGUCCCAGAAAGAUGUUGGAGCAAGCAGUUGCUAGGAUUCCAACAGGCUAAGAAACAGGUUGUGUUUGGAGUCAGAUUUUCAGUGUGAACCCAGCCUUAUAUUUACACAGCUCUUUGAAGUUUGCAAACUGUGUGUUCCAGACCCCCAUUCCCUGCAUCCUACCACCCCAUAGGCUAAUCGGGAUGAUUGUGAAUUACUCAGUAUAAUGACAUGCCUGGCUCAAAGCCCCAAGUGGUAUAGCCAGAAUCUGAGUUUGAAUUUCAGGUCUGUCAGCCCUCUCUGCGGAGGAUUGUCUGGCCUUAGCCUGCUGGGGAACAAAUGAUCUGACUUGGCUUCUGAAUCUAUUGCUCUGGGUUCCACACACCCACCCAGCUGCUGCGGCUUCUGCUGAAUCCCUAGAGGCACUGCCUGAGCAGUCUCUCCCUGAAGGUCUUGUCGCCUUGCGGUUGGGUCUUCUGAGAACUGGGGCUUGACCUGAUUGUUGCGUUUCCAUUUUUCCCUUCCAUAGAAGACACUAUGUUACCACUGUGAGAACUUUCAAGCUGGGGGAUAGAAGUCUUUAAAGAGAUGGAGAAUGCUUAUUUUUCUAAUUUUUCCUUUUGAGAUGCGACCUGUCAUGUCAGGUAUCAGAGCCUCAGGGAUUAGCACUGAGUCAUGGGAUUGUGAGACUGUUCACUUCCUCAUGGAGGCUUCAGACCACGUGGAGAGGGAACAAAGGAAAAGAAAAUCAGUUUUCAGUCUUUGGAGGAGAGGUACUCUACCAAUGAAAGUCAUAUUUAAUUUUAUGGACACAGGCUUCUUUGUAAAAAGAGAAAGACAGUAUUUUGUUACAGUGAUACAAAUGAUCUAGGUACAGAGGGUGACUGUUCAAAUGUCACAUUAUGUCGAAGCGGUGCUGUGUCCAAAUGCAGUUUGAGAAUACAAUCCUGCUUCCGGUUAACAGAAUAGGAUGGAAAGGAGAUUUCCCAUCUCGUUCCUAUCAAACGCUUUUGUAUACUCACCCACAAGAGAAAUUCAAUCCCGGAUGUAGGAGGUGACCGCCUGCCUAAGGUUUUGUCACCCAUAAUAGUAAAAGUCCCUUAAAUUAAAUUUUUAAAUCUCUGUAAAAUGGAUGGGUUAGAGGGAUGUCCCAUUCACAGAAACCCAACCUCCUCAGCAGUACCAUGCCACAUGGAGCACAUGAAAACGUACCCUGCAUUUAAAAAGAAUGUUUUCCAUUUCCCUUGUUGUAAAGAAACUUAAUUGCUCUGUAUUGAUGUCUCUUUAGCUGUAGCCCAAAGGGAAGCAUGCCCCAUGGAGACAUUUAACAUCCUGUAAUAAACCCAUGGUUUAAGUCA